AUGUCCCUCCGCGAGCACGCGCUGUCCCUGUUCCGUGGCGCUCUGGGCACCGUCCGCCCAGCUCCCAUGCUGAGGAGGGCUCUGAAGCUCCAGGGAGAUGGGUGCCCUCAGCUGCUGGUGAAGGGCCAGGCCUUUCCACUGAAGAGGGACCUGUACCUGGUGGGUUUUGGAAAAGCUGUGCUGGGGAUGGCUGCAGCAGCAGAAGAGAUCCUGGGAGACCACCUCACUCAGGGGAUUAUCAAUGUGCCGCUGGGGAUCCAGGAGAGCCUGCAGCGAGCAGGAAUGCAGGAGAUGCUGCUGAAGCCACACAGCAGAAUCCAGGUCAUCGAAGGUGCCAAGAACAACCUCCCAGAUGCAGAGGCUCUGAAGGGAGCAGUUGCCAUCCAGGAGCUGGCUGAGGGUCUGACUGCAGAUGACCUGCUCCUUGUGCUCAUCUCAGGGGGUGGCUCAGCCCUGCUGCCUGCUCCCAUCCCUCCCAUCCUCCUCGAGGAGAAGGAGAAGCUCACAAAGCUGUUGGCUUCCCGAGGAGCUGCCAUACAGGAGCUGAACAUUGUCCGGAAGACUCUGUCCGUGCUGAAGGGUGGAGGGCUGGCCCAGCUGGCACAUCCUGCACGGGUGGUGAGUCUCAUCCUGUCUGAUGUGAUAGGUGACCCCCUGGACAUCAUAGCGAGUGGGCCCACUGCUCCCAGCUCCCACAGUGUCCAAGACUGCCUUCAGAUACUCACCAAAUACAACCUGCUGCACAGCCUGCCCAAGUCAGUGGAAAUGGUCCUCUCCAGCUCUCCCACCAAGCCCACUGCUCCAGAAAACUACUCCCAUGUUUCCAACAUCAUCCUUGGGUCCAACAGGCUGGCUUUGGAGGAGGCCAGGCGCCAGGCUGAGGGCCUGGGCUAUGCAGCCCUGGUGCUGAGUGCAGCAGUGCAGGGGGAAGUGGGCCGUGUUGCCACUCUGUACUGCCAGCUGAUCCAGCUGCUCUGCCUGGGCCUCAGCAGCCUCGCAGAAGGGCCCCUGGGGGACGAGCUGAGGGGCAAUCUCCUGCAGCUGGCAGCAGAGCUGCAGAUCCCAGGCUUGCACCUGGAGGAGUUUCUAAGGGCCCUGCAAGGAUUAGGGCCCGACAGACCAGUCUGCAUCCUGGCUGGUGGAGAAACCACGGUCCAGCUCCAAGGAACAGGCAAGGGAGGGAGAAACCAGGAGCUGGCCCUGCGUGUGGGGCUGGGGCUGCACAAGGCCCAGGCCACAGGAGCCAGCAGCCCCCAAGGGAGGUGUGAGAUCCUCUUCCUCAGUGGGGGAACAGAUGGGCAGGAUGGGCCAACAGAGGCAGCAGGAGCCUUCUGCAGCCCCGGGCUGGUGGCUGAGGCACUUCAGGAGGGCCUGGAUGUGGAGGCCUUUCUCAGGAACAAUGACUCCUACACGUUCUUCAGCCAGUUCCAAGGUGGGCAUCACCUCCUGGUGACAGGCUUGACAGGCACCAAUGUCAUGGACAUCCAGGCCAUUUUAAUUAGAGCCACGGAGAGAUCAUGA